UGGAGAAGGAGAAGAAGCUGUGGCUCCACUCUCAAAAGUGAGAAUUGUCCUGCUGGGUUGGAGUCUGUCUGGGAAGAGUUCAACCGGAAACACCAUCUUCAAUCAUGAAAUAUUUCCGAUAGGAAAAGCACAAAAUGGCACAAACCACACAGGUGAUGUAAAUGGCAGAAAAAUAACUGUGUUGAACACCCCAAGCUGGUGGAAAUAUUUCUCAUUUAAAUUCAACCCAAAGUUUGCUCAGGCUGCAAUCCUGGAGAGCAUCAGCCAAUCACAACAUAUGCAAUUCCCUCAGGCCAUGAUCUUGGUGAUUCCUGUUGAUACUUCAUUCAAGAAUGAACAGAAAAAAAUCAUUGAAGAGUAUAUGGCCAUUCUUGGAGAAGACGUCUGGAGACACACCAUAGUUCUGUUCACAUGGAAAGACAGGAUUCCAGAUGUUUCAAUCGAGCAGCACAUUGAGAGUGAAGGUGGCGCCCUCCAGUGGCUGAUUGAGAAAUGCAGGAACAGAUAUCACGUCUUUGACAACUCAGACAAGAAGAACAGAGCUCAAGUCACAGAGCUGCUCCAGAAGAUCGAUGAGAUGGUGACAGAAAACAGUCUGUUCUGUCUCAAAAGUCAAUGUGCUGCAGAAGUGAAUGUCCACGAGACGGAUACACAACAAGACAAGGAAAGAAGUCUGAACACUGACCAGUUACUGAAACUGAUGUACCAGGAGUUGAAAAACAGGCGUAAAGAGAUAAAAAGGGAACUAAAAGAAUUAGGGAUGGACUUGAGUGGAUGUAUAGCAGACAAUGUUAGCAUAGAACAACCUCCAGAUGUGUCAGGUGAUGAAAACCUCACAGAGAAGAUAAGGAGAGAAGUAAGAAGAUGGGAAGCAAUUAUAAUGGAUGGUAUGUUGAACAUUCAGAAUCCUGAAGCAUCAUAUGGUGAGUUAUUAUAGAGUUACAUGAAACACGUUGCUUAAAAGAAAACAUUUUCUUCACUUUUACAUAGUUUAACAAUGCCAAAAUUGUUCAUGAAUUGAACACCUAUAGGUGAAAUGAUUCAAAGUGCAAAUGCGAUGGUGUUGAGAUGGCUUCAGAAAUGUGAGGAAUACAGCACAUCUAAAACAUCAGCAUAUGAAACCAGCUCAGAACACAGUGAUCUAGUAGAAGAUCCACAGAAUCCAGAGACGUCAGACAAUACAUCCAAACUUCAAAUGAUGCAUGCCUAAAAAACAGUUUUUUUGUUAAAUAGGCUGUGUUUUUCUAUUUAUUAAUAUGUUUGUAUAUUUCAAAUUAAUAUCUGAUAUUGUUGUUUAAUAUCAAUAUAUAUUUAUAUAUCUAUAUCUAUCUAUCUAUACACACACAUUAUACAUGUUUAUAAUAAUAUAAAGCAAUUAUUGCUUAUAUAAUGUAUCAGCAAAGUACGGUUUUGAUGUCUGUAUAAUUUAUUAACUUUUUACAUAAUUGUAUUUUAUCAGG